AUGGAAGAGAACCCGUGCCAAAUCCAGCCAGGAUCGGGAACAAACGGAUGGUCCACUCCGUUGAUACUUUUCCAUGUGUUCCCGUAUUUUCGCUUAGGCGAGCUGCACCGGCCGCUUUACGGCAUCGGAAACACUCACUUCGACCACGGAGGCAAAUGGGACCACGGUAUUCGUCAGAUGGGAGUUGUCUAUUCACACUUACUUCGGUCGGGUCAUCGGACUGGAUGGUCUCUGGGCGGCUGUGUUGCUUUAGAAGUUGCAGCUCGACUAAUGAAACUUCCCCAGUACACGGUGCAGGGUGUUAUCAUGAUCAACAGUGUCUUUCCGACUAUCAAGGUCACAGACAAGUAUCCCCGCACGAUCGCUGAUGUUGCUGCCAGCUUCCAGCUACCGGCCCGAAUGUCCGAUGCCCGGCGGGUACAAGCGCAGCAAUGCAUUCUGUACGCUCACGAGAUGCAGCGUGACUGGCGACCGCCACAAUUCUCGUCAGGUCUGCCACCUGCAAUACUCAUACGCGCAGCCGAUCCGGUACAUUUUGACCCCGAAGUGAAACCCCACUACAUCGAUCUCAUCCGGGACUGGACCUUCAUCAAAGCUUACUUGGACAUCCCAGGCAACCAUUUUACUAUAUUCGAUGACCAAAAUUGUUACCAAACAACAGCCAGAAUCCGGGAAGCUUGCGCAAUGUUGACUGGACCGCAACAGCCAAAUCCCGAAUGA